UCGGCCUGCAGCUGGGCGCUGGCCUUCCCGCGGGACCACAACUCCCGGCAUGCAGCCCACGCGGGCGGCGCGGCCCGGAGCGGGUUUGACGGGCUGAGUGGCGGCAGAGAGAGGAUGGAGGCAGCGGUGUUCCUCUUCUCUCUCCUCGACUGCUGCGCGCUCAUCUUCCUCUCGGUCUACUUCAUAAUUACAUUGUCUGAUUUAGAAUGUGAUUACAUUAAUGCUAGAUCAUGUUGCUCAAAAUUAAACAAGUGGGUAAUUCCAGAGUUGAUUGGCCACACCAUUGUUACUGUGUUAAUGCUUGUCUCAUUGCACUGGUUCAUCUUCCUUCUCAAUUUACCUGUUGCCACUUGGAAUAUAUAUCGGUUCAUUAUGGUCCCAAGUGGUAACAUGGGAGUGUUCGACCCAACAGAAAUACACAAUCGAGGGCAGUUGAAGUCACACAUGAAAGAAGCUAUGAUCAAGCUUGGGUUCUACUUGCUUUGUUUCUUCAUGUACCUUUAUAGUAUGAUUUUAGCUUUGAUAAAUGACUGAAGCUGCAGAAGCUGGGUCCACAUCAACCUACACUACACCGUGCACUGAGGAGCCAGAGACUACUUAAGUCAUCCUUAGAACCAUGACCAUAGCAGUAUAUAUUUUGGUCUUUGAACAAAAAAACUAUUUUUGCUGUAUUUUUACCAUAUAAAGUAUUUAAAAAAACCAUUGAGUUUUUGUAGAUUUCUGGUUCUCAACUUUAGCUUGAACCUCAGCUCACGAAGGUGUUUUGCGUCAUUGGUAUGUGAAGGUGGCUGUUUUGUGCAGCAGUGGGAGUGUGUGCUAGCCUUGCAUGCCAAAGAAAUAAAGAUACAUCUAAAAGUCUUAGUAGAAGAGCUGGGCUGCCAUGAAGUUUGCUGAGAAGUCAGAGCCCAGAGCAGCACAGAUAAUGUGGACAAAGAAGAAAGUUACUGGUCUUCCUUGCCUGUGUUUUGGCAGCCUCUUGUUAAUGUGGCUUAAGGGUUUAUGGGACUGUCAGCCUUUCCACAAGAAUGUUAACAGAAAAUGAUGUUUCAUAAAUGACAUAUUUCUUUGUAGAAUUUGUGAAACCUUACAAGCCAUUUUCCAGGUAUGAUGUAAUUCCUGCUUAUAGAAAGGAAAAAUAAAUUUUAAAGUCAA